UUUAUGUAUAUACGUAUAUUAUAUUAUAGCAAAGCAAAGGUAUUGAAUCUCAAACUCACGAAAAAAAAAGAAACAAAAAACAAAAAAAUUGAAUGUUAAGCAGAAUUAAGUUCUUUUUUAAUUAGAAACUAUUUUGUGGACCGGCUUACAAAUAAAUAGAAUCUAUUAUCACAAGUUGACUGCGUUUUGCAGAUUAGAUAGGCAGACCACUCAUUCAGGGAGUAUCUCUUGUACGCGUAACAUGAUGACGGUUACAAAAAAUUAAGCAGAGAAAUAGAAUGGGAGUGGCAACGGCCCAGGGUGUUAGUGCGCAGUGAUGAGUCGUAUGACUUUAAUGACGGCGCUCAACCAACCAAGCUCUGCUGCGCUGAGAUUUGAAAUUGAUGUGAACAUAAGUUCGGUAGCCGCAAUUUUUUCCUGCUCGGCUACUCGUGUGGAUCUCUUGAAUUUUAUGUGCAGAUCUGACACGAACUUAACCGGUCAUCUAAUAAAUAACCAAAAUUUACUGAAAAAUGUUUCGGGUAACAUGAUAAAAAAAACUUUAUUUAGACCGUUUUUGAUAUAAGUUGCAAAUAGUACGCGUGUGAAAAAUAGAUUAAAAAGCGCUCUCAACGACGGAUAUUAUAAUUCGACUUAAGCUAAAUAAAAUUAUUUUCUCUUCGCGUUACGCCUACAGUGAACAGAAAAUAUUUUGAUCAAAUCAAUUAGGCAUUACGCGAACAAAACAACGCGUGCACACAAGAAAGACUUAAAUCUCAAUGUGAAGCAAGCAUCAUUAAGGGCGCAUCGUUAAGAGGCUAAAAAUUGUACAUACGCGCGCAAGCAAACGAAGUAAUAAAAUAGAUAUCAUGGAUUUUGCCGAAUACCGUCGGAGGGGUAAGGAAAUGAUUGAUUAUAUUGCGGACUACCUAGAAAAUAUAAGAGAGCGUAGAGUGUAUCCUGAUGUAAAACCAGGUUAUAUGCAAACUCUUCUGCCGGAUUCUGCGCCGGUAGAGGGCGAAUCGUGGGAUGAUAUUUUUAACGAUGUUGAACGUGUUGUAAUGCCUGGUAUCACGCAUUGGCAAAGUCCUCAUAUGCAUGCUUAUUUCCCGGCUCUCAAUUCAUUUCCUUCACUAUUGGGCGAUAUGUUGGCUGAUGCUAUUAACUGCUUGGGGUUUACGUGGGCCAGUUCGCCAGCUUGCACCGAACUGGAAAUCAUUGUCAUGAAUUGGCUCGGGAAAAUGAUUGGUUUACCAGAUGAUUUUCUUAAUCUUAACAACACGAGUAGAGGUGGAGGUGUGGUUCAAACAACUGCCAGCGAAGCUACAUUGGUUUCCCUAUUGGCGGGUCGGACGAAAGCAAUUCGUCGCUUCCAUGAGAAAUACACGGGCUAUCAAGAUGCUGAAAUCAAUGCUCGUCUGGUAGCUUAUUGUUCGGAUCAAGCUCAUUCCAGUGUAGAGAAAGCUGCUCUCAUAGGCUUAGUGAGAAUGCGUUUUAUUGAAGCGGACGAAAACUUGUCAAUGCGUGGUCCAACUUUGCGUGAAGCUAUAAAAGAUGACAUGCGCUUGGGCUUAAUACCAUUUUGGAUUUGUGCUACGUUAGGCACGACUGGAUCAUGUUCAUUCGACAAUUUGGAAGAAGUUGGUAUUGUAAGCAGUGAGUUCGACUUAUGGUUACAUGUGGAUGCAGCUUACGCGGGAAGUGCGUUCAUUUGCCCAGAAUUUCGUACCUGGCUGAAAGGCAUAGAGCGGGCUGAUUCUUUUGCAUUUAAUCCCUCUAAAUGGUUAAUGAUUCAUUUCGACGCAACAGCAAUGUGGAUUAAAGACGUUACAACAGUUCAUCGCACAUUUAAUGUUGAGCCUUUAUAUCUCCAGCAUGAAAAUUCUGGCGUAGCAGUAGAUUUUAUGCAUUGGCAAAUACCGCUCAGUCGCCGUUUUCGGGCACUCAAAAUAUGGUUUGUAUUGCGUUCUUUUGGAAUCAAAGGACUCCAACAGCACAUAAGAGAGGGUGUCCGAUUAGCUCAAAAGUUCGAAGCUUUGGUUGCGGCAGAUCACCGCUUCGAAAUUCCUGCCAAAAGGCAUCUAGGUUUGGUAGUUUUUCGCAUAAAAAGUGACAACGAAGUUACUGAACAUUUGCUAAAACGUUUAAAUAACCGAGGAAAUCUUCAUUGUAUACCGUCUUCCCUAAAAGGAAAGUAUGUUAUACGGUUUACAGUAACUUCUUCUCGCACUACAAUCAAUGAUAUUACACGUGAUUGGAAAGAAAUAAAAGAUGUCGCUACAACACUUUUAACUGAAAUGAAAAUUAACAUUUCGGAUCGAGUUUAUUUAAAAAAUACCAAAGAAAAAUCCAGUCCUUUCGGCUCCAGUUUGUUGUUAUCCAACUCCCCGCUAUCGCCCAAAAUAAUAAAUGGUUCCUUUGCUGCGAUAUUCGAUACCAAAGAAAUUUCGACGCAAACGUACGCUGGCGUUAGAAUUACGCGACAAGAAUCGCCAUCUAUGCGGAGAAGGGUUCGUGGGAUAUUAAUGUCCGGUAAACAGUUCUCUUUGGAUUCUCAUAUGGAUGUGGUUUUGCAAACUUUUAUUGAUUCAAGCCCUGAAAAUAGCAAAGAACAGAAAAUCGCAAGCAACAAAAGGGAGAAUUGUGAUGAUAUCCACGAGGAUGACGAAACUGGGGAAGUAAAGGGAAUACUGGCGAAAAACAAUGCACCUCCACCAAGCUUUGUUAAACUUGCAAAUCAAAAAUAUUCGCCAACAAAAAUUCGCCGACGCAUCGCAAACAAAUCGUUCAUGUUACCGCCAAUACCUUCCGAAGAAUAUGAUACGCAAACUGAGGCGAAAGGUCACCUUAACGGCCAAGAAAUCGAAAAUGGAAACCAAGAACUUUCCUUAUUAUAUCCCGGUAAACGUUAUCUCUAUUCGAACAACCCUUCAAAUAAUGAUGUGUAUUUUACUGAGAAUGUUCUGAAUUCACCAUCACCUAAUGAUGAAUACCCACCACCAUUGCCACCAGCAUCAAUAUUAAGCCAACCGGAAACGUAUGUGGAGAAUACGAAUAUCAAUGUUAAUCCGUUAAAUCACGAUCAACGCUUCAAAAAGGGGAAGGCUGCUUCAUCGAAAAGUCUUCCAGAAUGCCUCUCUCCACCUGCAAUAAUACAAUUUAUUCGAUCUCUUAGCGAAGCAGGGAAGAUCACAUAUCUAAAUUCAACAUAACGUUUUAAUUAAACUAUUCUUUUCAAAAAAUUUCGUGGUUAAUACCACAAAAUUUAAAAGCUGCUGUGUAAGCAAUAAUUUUAUUACAUUUAACGCCUACAUGUAUGUCUUGAGUUUUAAUUUUGCGUUCAAUAGCCACGAUGUAUGCACCGUAAGCCGUUUAUAUAAAAAAGAGAACAACAAGCCAUCGUUUGUUUACAUCCCUAUCUUAUUUUUUCAAUUUAAGAUUUUUUGUUAUAUAUGAGAAACUUUGGAAGCAGCCAUACCUUUAUUCACAAACUAAUUCACCUAAUAAAACAACUGGCAAGCAAAGUAAGCUUCAAUGAGCAAUAUAAACAGCAACUAGUGGGCAAUUAAAGGGAAAGUCGAGAUCAAAGCGAAAAGCUAAAGCAGAAUGCUUUUCUAAGAACCGAUGAUCGAUCUUCCUACACCGGUUAAAGAAACGCGUUAAUUAUAUCUUAUGUUGCGAAUCUAUAUGGCAGCUUAGGUAUACUUUCCGGCAAUUAGUUCCGGGCUGUUGUUUAAAUGCGCUAGAUAUGUUUUCAAUAAACCUAAAUAUAAAACAAAAUCGUACUUUUCGUUCAAGACUUUCAAUUCUGAUCUUCCCGCGUAUAUUGACGCCAGAAAUGUCAGCUUUCUUCAUAAGAUGAUCCGCAGUCGAACAACAGGAUCUUCCUACGAAAGAAAAUUGCUCAGGUUGCUAAACCUGAAUGAACAACUAAUUUAAUCUUCUCUGAUCAUAAGUUGUGAUCAUCAAAGCUAUUCUUUGUUAAGGCUAUAAAGUUAGGGAACCAUUCCAUAUUAAAACGAAAAGCGUUUAAAGUCGCCAGUAAGGAUUUCUAUGAUUUAUAAUUACGUCCGUAUCUAUGCCUCGAUCCAAUACUGUUCUAUAUAGUUACUGUAUAUAUCUGUAGUUAACCGUCGUUCACAUAACUUUGCCGCAAGAACUUUAUAGUAUCAUUGGCCUGUUAAUGUUAAUUAUAAGAGUAUUAUUGCGUAAAAAUAUACGCAAUGUCAUUAAUAAUUGUUAUUAUUAAUAAAUAAUAAACUAAACUAAGCUAAUUUUCUUCAUAACUCUACUCGUAUGGCACUGGAUAAUUCGGCUUCAUACAGCCUUCUUUUCCUUUCCAAAACAUCACGAAAAAAAAACUUCUUCUUCAAAAGUCUUCUUCAUAUCCAAAGGACAAUCGGAUAAUACCAGGGACCGACGCAACCUUCAUUCAACUUUGCUUACUUUUUCAAAUUUUUGUUUUCUCUCUCAUCUCUCUCUUUCUUUCUUUGUCUCACUACAGAGUAAAC